AUGGUGGACGAGGCACGCGCAGGCCGCAAAGAACAAAUGUCGCUGUGUAUCAAAUAUUCGUCUGGACUGAAAGUGAAAGAGAGGUUUCUGAAAUUCAUCGAUUGUUCAGGAAAAACAACUGCUGCAGAGUUAUAUUUCCUGAUAAAUCAGGAGCUCGUGGACUUGAAACUAUCUGAAUUGCAUUUAGUGGGACCGUCAUAUCAUGGUGCAGCUGUGAUGUCUGGACAAAUUGAAGCAACAUUGGGAGAAGCGGUUGGAGUAAUAAAAGACGUGAUAAAAACUUUAGAAGCAAUGCGCUCUGACAACAAUUAUGAGCACAUACAUGGCAAAAUUAGUGACUUUGCAGCUCAGGUGGACGUGACCUUGAAAUCUCUAUCAUCCAAGAGAAAAAAGAAGGUGUUAGUGAAACUAAAGGAUUUUGUGACUGACUCGACAGUUGGAGCUGCAGAAGGUGCAGAUUCUCCAAAUGUUGUCGAAUAUUAG